AUGGACGGUGGCAACCUCCGCCAGUACCUCGACAAGAAGCGCGAGGGCGAGCCCGUUCCGUUUGAAUAUUCAACCCUUGACAUUGCGUGGGUCAUUGCCAACGCUUUGGCCGACCUCCACCGGAAUGGCUUUCUGCACCGCGACCCCAAGAGCCUCAACACGCUGCUCGUGUGCGGCCUCGGCGUGCUGCUGCUUCUGCCCCACGACGACGAGGGUGCCAAGCACGACUAUGCAGCGAUCCACGCCGACGCCGACGUCACGGGCUGGGCGCUCACAAAGGACGUUCGGUUCUGGUACCUCUUCUUCGCCGUGCUCAUUGGCGUCGGGUCGGGCCUCUUUGUCAUGGCGAAUCUCGCGUUCCUCCUCGAGUCGGCGGCGGCGCGCCGGACGCCGUCGCGCCCUACGUCUCUCUCUUCUCGCUGUGCAACCUCGUGGGCCGGCUCGCGGUCGGGCAUCUCUCGGACACGUCUGGGUCUGGCCAUGACCAUGCUUGGCCAACUCCUCUUUGUAUUGGCGCCGCUUGGCUGGUUCUUCGUGCCCGUGGCCGUCGGCGGUAUUGCCGAAGGCUUCCUCUUCCCAACGUACACGGUGCUGACGCGAGAGCUUUUUGGCGCCAAGUACUUUGGCGAGAACUUUGGCGCGAUGACGCUCGCCAAUGCGAUUGGGUUUCCGCUGCUGCUCGGGCCGCUCUCGUCGCGCCUGUACCGCAUCGCGUCGGCUCUCGACCCGACCUCGGGCGCCGAGGUCUGCGUCGGUCGGCACUGCUUUUUCUGGCUUUUUGCGAUCGCCUUCGGGCUCAACGGCCUCGGCCUCUACUGCGCGUACAAGCUGCAUCUCGCGAUGCGCACGUCGUAA